AUGACUUCGCGAGUUGAAACUUUUCCCUCCUGGGGCGAUGAGAUUGAUGCAUCUGAGCUUAUCAAUGGAGAAGGAGGACAGCUCCUCCAAACGUAUACCAAAAUGAAGCCUGAGAACAUAGAAUCGCAUGUGAAGUACAUUGCGAGAAAGGGCUGGAAUGUGCUUAGAUACCCUUGCUUCCAGCAGUUUUUAUUCCUACACCUCGAUCUAUCCCGCUCGCCUCUCUAUCAGGAAGUGACCAAGCAAGCCCGGUCAGGCAGUUUGCUGUUAGAUAUCGGAUGUGGUCUCGGACAAGACCUACGGCGACUCGUUCAAGACGGAGCACCAGGCGAGAACUUGAUUGGUCUGGAGAUACAACAAGCGUAUAUCGACCUUGGCUAUGAGUUCUUCCAAGACAAUUCCACGCUAGAAUGCAAGUUCCUUGUCCAAGACUUUUUCAAGGACACUCCAGAACUCACUGCUUUGGCAAAGAAGAUCAGCAUCAUGAACUCUGGAUAUUUUAUGCAUAUGUUCGACUGGAAGAAGCAGUUGGACGUAGCAAAGCGUAUGAUCGAUCUGAUGGCUCCCGGCAAGGGUUCAAUUAUCACUGGAGUCAAUUUUGGUAGCACUCGUUCCGCAGGACCAUUCAGCGAUGUACCACCGGGUUUUGAUACGAUUUUUCUUCAUAAUAAGCGGUCGCUCUCUGGGAUAUGGAGUGAAGCUGCAAAGGCAACGGAUACUGAGUGGAAGUUUGACUGUGUGUUAGAGGAUGAUGAGAACUUUAAGAACAUGGCUUCCGGGGGUUGUCGGUUGAGAUGGACCGUGGAGAUGCAGUAA